AUGGCAGAACUUGCAAAAAACUCAAAAUUGAUGAAAAAAGCUCAAGAAGAAAUCAGAAACUAUUUGGGAAACAAACGAAAGGUAACAGAGAAAGACGUAGAAGAGCUUCCAUAUUUGAAAAUGAUAGUGAAAGAGACCCUAAGACUACAUCCACCCGCACCUCUUCUUCUUCCAAGAGAAACCAUUUCUCAUUUCAAAAUUGAAGACUAUAAUUUUUACCCGAAAACGAUGGUUCAAGUGAACGUUUGGGCAAUUGGACGAGACCCCACAUACUGGAAAGACCCAGAAGAGUUCUUUCCAGAGAGAUUUGCAGAGAGCUCGAUUGAUUACAAAGGACAACACUUUGAGUUCUUGACAUUCGGGGCUGGUCGAAGAAUUUGCUCAGAGAUGAAGUUGGGGGUGAAGACUGUGGAGCUGACUUUGACGAAUCUUUUGUACCAUUUUAUUGGAAAGUAG